AAAAAGUCUUACAAAUGGUUGGGCAUUGUUAUGUGUAUGCCUUUAUUAUUUUCCACCAAAUAGUAAAUUUCGUGAUCAUUUAUAUGCUUAUCUUCAAAGUCGAGCUGAUGCAUCAGUUAUUGUAAACAAUCAAACAAUCAGUACAUCUGCUACUACUACUAAUUUUAAUCCAAAUAAUAUUGAUGAAUUGCAUAACAAUACUGUAUCCACUGAAUCCAGUCUUAAGACAGCUGCAGCAAUUGCUUCUGGUUUGAAUCCGUUCAAUGCGAAUAACAACAACAGUAGCAAUAAUAAUAAUAAUAGUAAUAAUCAUGUAGAUAAAUAUCAAUUAUCAAAUGAUUUUCUCAUCAAUUCAAAACACUUCACUUCACAUUCUACUCAUAAUUAUCCAAUGGGCAUAGCAUUAGGUCCAUGGGAUCGUCCAACUGCAGCACAUUUUGCACGUGUUGCACCUAGAUGGUUUGUUCGUUCAUUAAAUGUUGGUGUACGUAAAACAUCAGUUAGUCCAUCGAUUGAAGAAAUAUGUCAUGUUAAGGAUUUUUUAUUAAAACCAUGUAUAUUUGGUAGUUCCUUGGAUGAAAUGAUGCAAAUACAAGCAUAUAGGUUUCCUCAUUUACGUCUACCAUGGAUACAAAUAUUUCUCACUGAAGAAAUUCUACGUUUAAAUGGAGCGCAAACAGAAGGGAUUUUUCGGUAA